AAUUCAAAGCCCGAAACCUUUGCCUAUAAAAAGGCGAGCUUUUCAGGCAUCAUAUCUAACUCAGGUUUUAGAGUAUUUAAUAACAUAUAUCACCAAAGCUUCAUUCCCCGCAGUUCUUUGGUACUCUCCACUCUCCUCCCCCACUCUUUGCAUCUCUUUCACUUCCUACGUUAGACACAACAAAGGGAGAGCAGGAUGAGCUGUGUAGUUGCAGAUGCGGUGGACUACCGGGGAUUACCGGCUGAUAAAUCUAAAACUGGUGGCUGGGUGCCGGCUGCUCUUGCACUAGGAAUUGAAAUAGUUGAGAGGCUUUCUACCAUGGGAAUAGGAGUGAAUCUUGUAACAUACUUGGGUGGAACCAUGCAUCAGCCUAGUUCGACUUCAGCUAACGUUGUUACAGAUUUCAUGGGAACAUCUUUUCUUCUUUGUUUGCUUGGAGGCUUCCUUGCAGAUUCUUUCCUUGGCAGAUUCAAAACCAUUGCAAUCUUUUCCACUAUACAGGCAGUAGGCACGGGGAUCUUAGCAAUAGCUACCAAACUACCACAACUGAGGCCACCACCAUGCGAGGCUCACCAAAACUGCGAGCCAGCAAACGGAUUUCAGAUGGGAAUUCUAUACUUAGCAUUAUAUCUCAUAGCCUUAGGCACCGGCGGUCUAAAAUCAAGCGUUUCAGGGUUCGGGACGGACCAAUUCGACGAGAAAGACGACAAGGAAAAGGUUCAGAUGAACUAUUUCUUCCACAGAUUCUUCUUCUUUGUUAGCAUGGGGACUUUGGCUGCUGUCACGGUGCUUGUGUACAUCCAAGACGAAGUUGGGAGAAGCUUGGGCUAUGGGAUCUGUUCAAUUUCCAUGGUUGUAGCCAUGGUUUUGCUCCUCUCCGGGAUUAAGAGGUAUAGGUACAAGAAAAGCUUAGGAAGUCCCAUUGUCCACAUUCUCCAAGUUAUCCAGUGUGCCAUUAGGAAAAGGAAGAUGGCCCUUCCUUAUGAUGUUACCCAGCUUUUUGACAACACCCCUCCAGCUUUUUCAAGAAUCCAUCACACUGACCAGUUUCUGGCUUUGGACAAGGCAGCUAUAGUGGCAGAAGGGGACUUUGAGGAGGAUAAUAAUGGUGGCACUGUUCCUAAUCCUUGGAAGCUAAGCACAGUGACAAGAGUGGAGGAAGUGAAAAUGAUGGUGAGGCUACUUCCAAUAUGGGCCACCACCAUCUUGUUCUGGACAACCUAUGCUCAGAUGAUGACCUAUUCAGUGAUCCAAGCUUCCACCAUGGAAAGAUCAGUAGGAAAUUUCCAAAUUCCUGCAGGUUCCCUCACCGUCUUCUUUGUGGCUGCCAUUCUCAUUACCUUGGCUGUUUAUGAUCGUGUUGUCAUGCCUAUCUGGAAGAAAUGGAAAGGAACCCCAGGUUUCACCAACCUACAAAGAAUGGCCAUAGGCCUAGCGCUCUCCACCAUGGGAAUGGGAAUAGCAGCAAUAACAGAACACAAAAGGCUAAGCGUAGCAAAAUCCGAGGGGCGCAACGUUUCAACGUUACACAUGAGUGUUUUCAACCUCAUCCCACAAUUCUUCCUAAUCGGUUCAGGCGAGGCCUUCAUCUACACGGGCCAGCUCGAUUUCUUCAUCACCCAAUCACCAAAGGGGAUGAAAACAAUGAGCACCGGCCUCUUCUUAACCACCCUCUCGCUCGGCUUCUUCGUCAGUAGCUUCCUCGUAUCAAUUGUCAAGAAGGUGACAGGACACGGGAACCAAGGUUGGCUAGCCGACAACAUAAACUACGGACGCCUCGAUUGCUUCUACGGACUUCUGGCUAUCCUUGGCGUGGUCAACUUUGCUCUCUACGUGGUCUCCGCGGUUUGGUUUAAGCGGAAGACGAACAAGAAGGGGGGAAUACAAAUGGAGAGUAUGGGAAAUCUGAAAGGUGAGGAGAAGUGCUAGGCAGGUUUGUAAGUUAAUAAACAUAUAUAUAUAUAUAUGUUUGCAUGGCCAGCUCAGUUUAGUGUACAAAGGGUGCAUGGGUUGGUUAGGUUGUGUUGUUUUGGGCUUUUAUUAUUGAGUGUCUUUGGAAAAUUAUGUUUCGUCAGUCCAUGCACAGACUACACCAACGUGUAGUCUUGGAAUAGUUUCGAUUCCAUGUGUAAUAAUGUUCUCAAAAUAUACUAAUAGAUUUUUUAUGAUAUUGGGUGACA